UUGCGUCCAGUUAUGUCGUGCACAAUUUUUAUACAGUUUCUGCUGAUUGGCUUUGUGCUGGGAUUAACGUUGAUUAACAUCCUAUACUUCUCUGGACUAUUCCGAGGCUUAUCCUCGGCUAUAUUUUUUGCUAGUGUCCUGAGGCCGAUAAAGUUCAUUGCUGGGGGCAUCUUUCCCAUCUCAUUGAGCAACAAUGUUAAGAUGGCUAAGUUUGCGUUCAGCGUAAUGACUAUAGUGCAAGAAAUGAAUCUGGCUGAUCGAUUUAAAUAAUUUGAUUUGAACACAUCAUUUAUGAGUCUAAAGAUAUCUAAAGAUAUAUAUUUUAAGGAACAUUAU